AUGUCUGACCUUGAAUCCCGCAAAGAGGCAAAGGGGGACUCCCCGAUCUACUCUUCCGACCAUGACCUGCAGCAGGGCCAGCUCAGCGACAACGCCGACAACCUCCACCGCAGACUCAGUAAUAGGCAGAUCCAACUGCUCGCUAUUGGUGGUUCUAUUGGUACCGCACUCUUCGUUUCCAUCGGCAAUGGCCUCGCUGCAGGCGGCCCCGGCUCUCUGUUCAUCGCCUACACCUUGUACUCUCUAGUCGUCGCCUGUGUCAACAACUGUAUUUCUGAAAUGAUCAUCCUACAGCCGGUGUCAGGUGGCUUCAUUCGCCUGGCUGGCAAGUGGUUUGAUGACGCCCUUGGUUUCAUGGUCGGCUGGAACUUCUUCAUCUACGAGGCCCUCCUGAUCCCCUUCGAAAUCACCGCCAUCAACCUCGUGCUGAGCUACUGGAGUGACGACAUCCCCGUCGCGGCCAUCUGUUCAGCCUGCAUUGUCCUCUAUGCGGCCAUCAAUGUGCUUGCAGUCCGCGCCUUUGGAGAGGCCGAGUUUUGGCUUUCUGGCGGCAAGGUCAUCUUGAUCUUCAUCCUGUUCACCUUCACCUUCAUCACCAUGGUGGGUGGCAACCCGGAGAAUGACGCUUACGGGUUCCGUUAUUGGAAUAAUCCUGGCUCCUUUGCGGAGCACCCACUCAAGAACUCCACUGGCGACACAGCCCGCUUUGAGGGUUUCUUGUCGUGCCUAUGGUCUGCUGCCUUCACCGUGGUGGGACCUGAGUACAUCGCCAUGGCUGCCGCCGAGACCAAGCGUCCACGCAAGUACAUCAAGACGGCCUUCAAGACCGUCUACUGGCGUUUUGGUCUCUUCUUCAUCAUGGGCGCGCUCUGCGUUGGCAUCGUUGUGCCCUGGAAUGACCCUCAAGUCCAGGCGGUGCUUAGCGGUGAAGAGGGUGGUGGCACCGCAGCUGCCUCGCCCUAUGUCAUUGCCAUGGCCAACAUGGGAAUCAGUGGUCUGCCACAUCUCGUCAACGCACUCCUGGUCACCUCUAUCUUCUCGGCUGGUAAUACCUACACAUACUGCGCGACCCGUUCGCUCUACAGUAUGGCACUCGAAGGACGUGCCCCCAAGUUCCUGCGCAAGACCACCAAGAAUGGCGUUCCCAUCUACGCAUUCAUAAUUGUCAUGUGUUUCGCCUUCCUCUCUUUCCUCCAAGUGUCCGGCAGCUCGGCUGAAGUCCUUGGCUGGCUGAUCAGUCUGAUCACGGCGGGAGCGCUCAUCGAUUAUUUCGUCAUGGCUAUCACCUACAUCAAUUUCCACAAGGCCUGCAAAGUCCAGGGUGUCGACCGCAAGACAUUCCCAUAUACUGGCUGGCUCCAGCCGUUCUGUGCGUACGUCGCGGCGAUCACCAUGUUCCUCGUCUGCCUCUUCUACGGCUACGCUUCAUUCCAGCCCUGGAAUGUUGAGGUCUUCUUCCAGAACUACACCAUGCAGAUUCUCGCUCCAGUUCUGUAUUUUGGCUGGAAGUUGAUCAAGCGCACCAAGUAUAUCAAGCCGGCCGAGCUCGACCUGGUCUGGGAACGACCAGUGAUCGACGCGUACGAGGCUAGCUUUGUCAGCCCACCCACUGGUUUCUGGCUGGAGAUGGGCCAGUUGAUUGGCAUUAAGCGACACAUCAGGGACGAUGAGCGCAUCUAG